UAAUCUAUUCCUGUAAUGCACUUAUCUAAUUAUCCUUUCUACUUCUGCCAAUUUCCGCAGGUCGUCGGUGGAGCAUGUGCUUAUCGUGGAUCCUACACAUUCUACAAGGGCGUUAAAAUCACAUUUCCCAGCAGGGACUCUGCUGCGUCGGCAGCAGCUGCAUCCACGACAGCAACGGCAACGGGUGCGACAGGCGUGUCCUGUCCAUCGACAUCCUCGUUAUCAUCAACCGCGUCGCCAUCGACGUCGCAACCGACAUCGACAUCGACGGCAAACCCGUUGUCCACGGCGACGGGCACCGUGCCCUCGGUGACCGUACCUUCCGGUCAGAGUCAGAAAACCGCCAGUCAAAGUAGCAGUGGCAAUAGUUCCGACAGCAGCAGUAGCAACAGCAGCAGCAACAACAACAACAACAGCAAAACGCAAACCAACGCAAACGCGAAGCCAAAACAGACGCAACGAAAAUGUGUCAGUGAAAAUAACAGCACCGCGGCCGGUGUGAAUAAUUUAUGUAAUGCCACGGCAGCGGAAAAAGAAAAUCCACGGCCGCUGGUGCUGGCGCUGGGCGAUUGCUUCCCAGUGCGACCAUGGUCGGACUCACCGAUAGCGUGCCUCGCCGAGCUGCGGAUGGUCUGGAAAGAUCGGAACGAGCAAUGUCUUUUGAUUGCCCUCCGGUUAUACUUCCUGCCCGAAAACACACCGUCCGGCCGAAACUGCCACGGAGAGGACGAAGUGCUGGCCAUUUCCGACAAAGUCAUCCUGCGAGCGGACGAUCUGCUCACGUGGAUUACGACCGACUUGGAGUGGAACUGGGGUCUCCGGACGACGUACAACAAACACAGCGCCAAGGACUCGAUGAUCACGACUCGGUUUCUCAGCAAGCACUUGUCACUCAACUUCGAGGACAUAGACAAGGAAAAGCAUGCCGUCGAAAAUAUUGCAUCCAAAAUUGCGGUAGUCAGCUUUUCCCGCUACUGUCGUUACCGAGCCGUUCUCAAACGUCUAGAGGGAGUGCAGGAUGAAUGGCUGCGGAAUACACUGGUGGAGACACUCAGCGGCUUUGUGGCCACCACACCCAACCUAAAAAUCAUGUUCUGCAAAGAAACGUUCGACUACCCCGAGCUGGAAACGCAUGAAUUGUUGUGCAACCAUUUGGCGCCAAAGUUAAAAGGCAGACCACGUGGCAAACGGAAGAAGACGCUCUCGGACUCGUCAUCUGUGGUGGUCAAGAAGGAAGGGAUUUCGGAAGAGAGCGAAUCAAAUGACACGGAUGUGUCGGAUUACUCCUAUAGCAAGGUUUUACCAUCCAAGAAGGUCGAUCUUCAGUCAACUCCUCGUUAUAACCCCAGGCCAUCCCGGGCAGCACAGACCGUUAAGCAGGCGGUGGACCCAAUCGCUGUACCGCCUGUGCCUUUGCCGCUACCACCUACCAAGAAGGACAAAAGUAAAUCGAAGUCAUCGAAGGGCAAAAGCAAGAAGUCCAAGGUCGGCCGCAAGCCGAAGAUUGGUCGGACAGCUAAGAAGGCUGAGGAAAGUGAACCAGAGGAGGAGAAUGAAGAAACAUCGACAUUCGAAGAAACUCAAGUGGACAAGGAGGAACCGGAAGAUGUACCAGUGGAAGAAGCUGGAGAAGAAAAGCAGGAGGAAGAGCUGGAAUGCAAGUUGUUUGUCAUCCAAGACGGAAUGGCACCGGAUGAGAAAGAUUUUCUGCAGCGAGUCGAGCAGUAUCUGGACGAGAAGGCUUUGGCUUAUGCAAAUAGACAAGCAGCAGCACUUAGAGAAGUGAAACUGUACACCAUUUAUACGCGAGUACUCAACGCUGGUGGGUACAGUGAGAUAAACUCCAAGGAGCAAUGGAACCGCCUGCUCGAAGGAACGGGAGGCGAAAAUGGAGCCAUGUCCCGAAAGAAGUACGAAAGGAUACUGUUUCCCUAUGAGAAGCAUCAGCGGGAGAUUGCCGAAGCAAUCAAGAAGGAAAUUGACGAGCAGACGGAAACGUCCCACGAAAGUCAAAUCUCCCCUACACCGCGUGAAUCGGACUUUAAGGAAAUUGUGGAAAUUAAAGUCGAGAAGCAGGAACCCGUCGAUGAGAAAGAGGUGAUUGUCAAGAAAGAAUGCAAAGAGGACAAGGAAAAUCAGGAAUCACCUGAGGAGACCGUGGAAGACGUUGUUGUGAAGAAAGAGGUGGAAGACAGCAAAGUUUCGGAGCCUCCCAAGGAAGAUACUGCGGAAGUACAAAGUAAAUUAAGAGCGAAGGCAUUAUCCCCGCUACUGGAGAGCAACAACAGCAACAGUAGUCCUGUGACGGGCAGUCCGAACGGGGUACAUUUAGGAAUGUCUCCGGUGUCCGUUCCGUUGACUGUAAUUGUACGGCCGAACAUCGACGAAAAAGAUCAGCAGUCGUCGCAGAUACAGAUUAACCAACCGCACACAACCAUUACGGUGCACCAGACGACCAUCCAUCCCCAGAAUAAUCAGCAACCAAAUAGUCAACAGAUUAGUGGACAAAGUCCUCAGCAUAUAACGAAUCAAAUUCAAAUCACCAACCAGAUACAGAUCCAACAAAUUACCGUGCAAUCGAGUGAUAAGAACUCCAAUGGUGGGCAAAAUGACGCUUCGCAGUUUAAGUAUAGCUUUAAGCAAGACAAAUCUGGUCAGGAAAUCAAUAUCGAGUCUCCAUCGGCGGACAGCUCCAAAGGUGCUAACUUCGAAAACAACAUUAGUGCAACCUUAUUCCCCGUGAACACAGAUCCCGAUCUCACGAUCAAAGAGGUUUCCGUUUGUCCUACUAGUGGUACGGUAUCGAUUAGUACUGCUAGUACGAAUCCUCCGAGUGGUACGAAUACACCCUCGAAAACGUCGUCCUUACGAAAUGUCCGCAUGAAGGCUGAUAGAAAGGCAUCCGGUAGUGGGUCGAACCUCACGACUGGGUCGGUUACUACUAAGCCCUUUGAAAAGGAAAACAUUCCUCUACUAUCCGCUGCGGGAGCUCUUUUCAGCAGAGAAAAUCUCACAACAAUAACUCCAAUUGCCUCCAGUUUGUUGGGCAGUCCGGCCGGAGCUGCUGUGCUAGCUGGCUUGGCUUCCGGUUUGAGUGGGAACCCUAUGGGAUCGGCCAUUCAAGCGGAAAGUAGUGUGCCUAAACCUAGCAUCCCGGCGCCCACUGAAGUGAUUGAUCUCGUGGACAGUGAUAAUGAAAGUGAGCCAUCAACUCCCACAAAAAGCCCUAGUAGUAAUAAUACCAAUCCGACCAAGCAGGUUGGGCUUUCAAUUCGUCCAAUUCCUUCGUUGCUACCACCGAUGAAAAAGCGCAAAUUAGACAUUUUACGGGAGGGUGGCCUUGAAGUUACGCCCAUUUCCAAUGGAAAAAGCAUUUUCUCGGCUAUUUCCCAGAAUAGCCCCAAAGCAAGCCCCAACCCAGUGAGAAUAAAUAUUACUGCCGAAUUAAGUCCUCAACGGGGCAAUAAAGCGCCCGAUGAUUUCCGGUCACGGGAUAGGAAAUACAUUCCAACACCGAUUGAAUGUCAGACUCAGGGAAUGUAUGCAAAGACUGGACAAAUCUUUGGGAAUCCCAAGGACAUCCCCAUUGUUCCCUCCGUCCCAUCGAGAGAAAUUUCGAUUUCGGCACCUACGGAUUUCCUAGAUCUAACUUGCAGCAAAACGGCAGCUCCGGAGAAUCUUUCCGCAAGAUGUUCAGCAGGUCUGGACUUUACGGCAACAUCGUCCAGACAACGGACAACUUCAGGGUCCAGUGCAGGGCGGUCCGCACCACGGUCAGCACCAAGUUUACAAAUUACGCUGGUGCAUGGACCCAACCAAACACCGUUGCAAAUUCCUCAACCAACCGUAACCAGUCCACAGCAACAGAAUCCUCCAAGUUUGAAGAAAAAGCCUUACGAAUUUGUGCCAUACCCAACCGCUGCUGGAACACCCCCCACGGUUAUACCGAAAGUACCAAGCCCCAAAAUAUCUUUAGGGCCAUCAUCAUCAGGUUCAUCUACAUCCAGUUCCAAUGGAACUGGAUCGAAUGCAAAUUCCCUGCUUGAAACCGGUUUAUUGUUGGCCAACUUGCAAAAGGCCAAUCCUCUUCUGGUUGCCAGCAUUCUUUCUUCUUCUGGACUUUCAAAGACAUCAAUUCCUGGCUUAACCCAGCUGCUGGGUACACUCACCGAACAGCCACCGGUCGCUCCGAAGAAAACCCCUCGUCGAAGAUCAAAUUCCCAAGCCCAGCAACAACAACCCCCAGCCCUACAGCAGAUGACGCCGCCACAGAUUCCGCAGCACCUCCAGCCGACGCAGAAAAUUCCUUCGUCGCCUCAACACCCACCCCCUGCCGAUUCCCCGUUAUCCCACCCACUUAGCCAACAAAUCAAGCUUCUUCAACAAGUUCAGAUGCAGCAGCAACAGAAACUCCUCUUCGAACAACAACAGAAAGCAGCGCUCGAGCAACAGCAAAAAGCAGCACUCGAGCAACAGCAGAAAGCAGUGCUCGAGCAACAGCAAAAGGCUGCUUUGGAGCAGAAGCGCAUUCAGGAGCAAAAGCAGAAACAACUGCAAAUGCUUCAGCAACUCCAGGCACAGCAACAGGCGCAAGCGACAGCCGCUGCAUUGUCUUCUGCCUCAUCCUCUGCCGCCGCCGCCGCCAAUAAAUCCAAUACUCGUGUAUCGACGAAUCCACCCUCGGCAGCACCGCCACAAUCGGGACCAUUGGCCGGAGGAUUCCCCUUGGAUCCGCUUUAUCUCUCGGCUAUCUACUCGAAUCCUGGCCUCUACCUGCAGGCUCUGAGCCCCGAGCAGCUGUUGCAGUUCUACAAGAAUCUUCCCAACGUUUCAGGCAUUCCACCAAACAACAAGAGCUAGCUGCGCUAAGCCCAAUUUUACUAAACCGUUCGUAAUGCUUACGAAGUGGAAUUCAUGAUAUACGUAUCGCAUGUACCUAUAUGCAUAAAAAAAACUUAUGGAAACAAGAUCUUGAAUGUGGGACAAAGGAAGGAGCAAUGAGUUUAGGAACAUAUGCUAAAGUAGAACAAAUUAUGAUUUUAUGUACUGUUAGUGUGUAACUUUGCUGAUAACUGUAUAAUUUUCUGUUGGUUGGAUUAGGGACUAAUACUAGAGUAAGUACUUGUUUUUUUUUAGUUUUCGUCCACCACCGGGUGAGACUGAAUUGUUUUUUUCUUUUGAGUAUGUUUAGCUAAUUUAGUACACCCUAGCAAGCAAGAACAUCUGUAUGUAUGGAUAUUGAAUGCAAAUGAAUUGAUUCCGCUAUUGAUGUUUUGUAACAUUCAAAAUGAGAAA